GGAGCAAGCAUCAUCACAGUGCAAUAGCACAAGAUAUUUAACUGAGUGUCUUUAUGCAGGAAGUAACCAGAAAAACAGGGACCAACAACAAUGAUCUCAAUCCACCUCAUCUCGCUCUUCCUUUGGGUGGCACAAGAUUUUGUGAGCUGCACUAAAACGAACCCACCCGCUGAUGUAUUGGCUGUGAAGUUGGGAGGCAAUAUCACAUUAAACUGCACCUAUGAGUGCUCAUCCGGGUUUGUUCAUGGCUCCUGGAAUGAAGAGUCAGAAACUUCUCGUUCCCAUGGAACGCUCAACAAUGGCAGCUCCUGUACCAUCUUUCUCACCCUGUCAGACUUGGGUGUUGACGAUGUUAACAAGAACUACACUUGCUACACAGAGGAUAGGGAGGACCCCGAGCUUCGGCGAAGAACUCAACGCGUUGUUUUUCUUCAAUUUCAAGUUCAAAGAAUCAUUCCAAAUUCAACAGUUGGCCCAAACACUAAAACUAAAAAUGGAUCUCAUCUAGUUGAUCAGAAAGAUUCAAGUGCAGGGGAAUUUACAGGAAUUAAGGUCCUGGCAUCGGUUACUGUUACAGUGGCUAUGGUUCUUGCAGCUUUGGCGGUCUACCUAUGUGUGAACCGGAACAGGCAGAACAGGAAUGGUAAAGGGGAGACCCGUCAGUUCAGGACACGCUCACCACAGCCAUCAUAUGCUGCCGUCUUACCGGUUAAAGGAAAACUGUCAACACAAAGUGAAAGAGUUACUUUGAGCAUUCCUCCACCUGGUAAGAUGAUUCCUCCAAAAGAUGAUGACAGCGACACUGAAGUUCCUUAUGCUGACAUAAUGAUCACCAUCCGAGGGGUGAGCACUCCGGAGCUCUCUCAGGUCAGCUACUUGGCUACUGGAGAGAGGUGGGGGGAUGAAUCCAAAUCUCACCUGCAGGCCUCACGUUCAGCUGACAGACUGCGUGUGCCACACGCAAGAGAAGUGAGCCGCAAGAUGAGUACGAGCUCUGAGUAUGCAGUCAUCACCUAUGCCUGACUUAAUUUACUACUGCUAAAGGACUGCAGGAGGAAGAAAAGCGCACCUGCUUGUAUACAUAUGUGUGUUUCCCUGUAUACCUUUGUAUUUUUUUAAUCACAUGUUCGUUUUUUUUUACAAAUGUGUGUAAUUUGCUAUACUAAUUUGCGAUAAACUUGUACGUUUAAUAAAAUAUUUUGCAUUAAGUAUUCUGUGGUAUUUGUCCCUUACCGGUGUCCGUAUGUGAAGCCGUUGCCUAGAAACA